AUGGAACAUAAUUAUGAUGAAUCACCAAUAUGUCAGCAAGUACGUGAUAUUAAUGUUUAUUGUCCACAACUACAUACAAUAAAAUCAACAUCAAUUAAUGCAUCGAAAUCAAUUACUGAAGAAGCAAAACGUUUUGCUCAAUCCCGUUAUCCAUAUCCUCCUUUUAUAUUAUUAUUUAAAUCUUCAAAAAUUAAUGAUAAGAUGAUCAUCAACGAAUUGAUAAAUCAUUGCAAAGAAAAUUAUUCAUUUGAUCUUGAUCUUGCCGGUUUUCGUAUAUCAUCAAAUCGAUGCAACGCCAACGAAUGUAAUUUAUUAAUAUUUGUGAAAAACAGUUUAUCAUUUUCUUUUCUUUUAACUGAUAUAAAAUGGCCGGAAGCUUUUGGUGGUGUAGCAUUCAAAAUUGAACGUCAACCAGUCAUUCCUCCACAGCUCUUAGUCAUUAUCUCAAAUGUUAGUUAUAGAACAAACAUGUUAGAAUUUGAAAAGGACUUGAAAACAAGUUAUGACAAUAUUGUUAAAGUGGUUCGAUUAAAAAACAAAAAUCAAUCUGAUACAAAAUUUGUUAAAUUAGAAUUUAAUUCGUCCAAAGUACGAGAUGAAAUUUUAGCUAAAGGUUAUAUGAUGAUCAAUUAUUUGAAACAACUUGAUUCAACAACAGAAUUUCCACCAUUACCGCCACCACAAAUAAGAAAACAGUCAAUCGAUGAACAUUAUAUGCCAUUAAAUGCUCAAAAUGGAAUUAUGAUAAAAUUAGAUCGAAUACUCAACUCAAUCAACCACUUCGAACACGUAAUUGGUAAUUUAACAAAACGUACUGAAGCAAUUGAAGAAUGGAUGGACAACAAGAAGAAGUAUGACUUAGAAAAAGAAAAUGAAAUUAAAGCACUACAACGUGGUAAUGUACGUGUUGAAGGUGAACUUCGUCAUCAAAUGCAAGUCAUCAAGAAAAUAUUUCUCCCAGUAUUGGACGACAUCCUCUUGGUAUUAACUGAACUUAAUAUUAAAGAUGGUAGGACUCUAAAUGCGGAUUUUAAUUCUAAAAGUGGUUUGUGGAAAAACGAGAUUAAAGCAUAUUUAGACAAAAGACUCAAACUGUAA